CACGGAUGCAAGCAUGCAUGGUUCACUAUACAGUGGGAGGCCAACGAACUUCUCCAGCUCAUACACGUGUGUCAUUCAUGCAUAGUCCAAAGAGUCCCAGUCAAAGGAUGCCGGGAAGGCACGCUCAGGAGGAAUCACAACUAGCAUCACACUCCUUGCCUGUUCGAAGCACAGACGCACACGCGACCCAGGCAAAUCCCAAUACACACGGCCCUCAUCCCUCUCUCUUGCAUCCUGGGCCUCCACCAGUGCUGACAGCCACCUCUCUGCCUCAGACAAAGGCAGGCGGCACAUGACUGUCGGGUCUUCACUCAGCGGCUCGGCGAGAGGGGCCGGACUGAGAUAGGGAUUGCCUCCGAUGCACAGAACGACCGGCUCGCGGGCCUCUUCUCCAUCAUUGGCUGCGUCUAUCCAUUGCUGACAAAGACCCUGAAGAAAUACGGUGACACGCGAACACUUAGCCUUCCCUGUCUGUGCUGUGCGCAUAGCUGCUCACUUGAACGAGUGUGUGGGCCUCUCCAGCAGUCGAGCACCGCAGAGCCACCACACGGCCCUCACGAAUGUCCGCAGUGACGUCGCCGACCAAGUCGAUUGUCGCUUUGUCGAUCAUGACGAUGGGCGAAACGCUGCGGCGGUCGUGACAUAUGCCGGCCACAGAAAGAGCAGCCACAAAGGUGUCGGGACUCGGCAGGAUCUCAAGCCUGCAGCCAUUGUCGUCUUCUGUGAGAGUCUGUGUGAUCGAUGCCACGCACUGAGCCAGCCGGCCUUCUUGUUGCCCAACUCCAAGAGACUCGUUUCCACAGUAGAGCAGGAACACCGACACACGGCGGCCGUCAGAACUCGUCGCCUCCUCCAGCACCGCCUCGAGAGAGAGCCGAUCGGCCACAGUCUCUCCACCCUCAAGGCGCACCAGCUCGGCUUCCCUCCCAUCUUCAUCACAUAAGAAGGCCAACACAGUCUUCUGAGUCGUCCCCCGCAUCGCAGCUCCCAGCAGGCGACCCACAGACGGUGGGCAGCGCAGACAAAGAGUGUUGCCGCCCUCCUCGAACGUAUCUCCGACGACGAUGACGUGUGAGGCCUCGAGCAGCUGCAGAGCCCGGAGCGACACAUCAGCGGCGUGGCUCAGCUCAUCGGGGCACACAUAGAGGUGCAGCAGACGGCAGGGGCCAGACGACGGUGCUUGCAGAGAGCUCCCCCGACGCUUCUUGCCCCUCUUGGCAGACAUCGUGGGGUGCCAUCUUCCCCGCAAUGAAGCCGGACGGUUGCGAAUGGUAGGCGAGACGAAUGCAGCAGCUGUAGAGCCUGUCCGCAGCGGCAGAAGCGUCAUGGCUGAGGAGGGCGAAGGCGUUUGCCGCCCGGUGAGUGCCAGCACGAAGAUCUUCCAUUGCAUCCGGCGUCAGACUUCCGUCGUGCCGCUUCUGG